AUGGGUGGGAACGGCCUGGACGCGUUAUUGGGUGCUCAAAGGGAAGUGUCUGGGAAGAACAGUUUUUUAUGGGUGGACGGAACAGAGAUGGACUAUGAGAACUGGGCGUCUGGCGAACCGAAUAAUGGAUACGGAUAUGGAUACAAGGAGGGCGACUCGGAGCCCGAGUUUGUACAUGUGAAUACUACGUACGGUGGCGAAAAAGCGGAAGCUGAGGGGAUAGAUUUUGGGAACUGCGACGAGCCAUUCACGAUCGAGCUUAAGCUACCUUGCGAUCCCGGUUGGACUCUCCUGGCCGCUACAAACAGCUGCUACAAGGCUUUCGGGGCAAUCACGACAGUUGAUGCGAGGGCCAAUUGCACGGCGAUGAACGCAAACGUGGCGUCGGUACAUUCGGAUGAGGAGAAUGCGUUUAUACGAGAUCUGAUGUUGAAGGAAUAUUACCCAAAUGGCGAACUACCGGACAAAGACCUCAUUGGGAUGCUAGGCGCGCAAAAGGAUCUCAACAACUACAGGAUAUUUUACUGGGAUGACGGCUCAGAUUCGGGCGGCCUGUUGACGUCGAUACAGAGUGAGGCGGAAAACGUGUUGAUUGGAGAAUGGCUAAUCCUAAAAGGAUUGACGAGUACUAUGUGGAUUGGCGGGCUAAUGAUGUCCUUAAAUCGCGAUGAGUUCGACGUACACUGGUUGGACGAAAAAGCGCUGGAAUACCGGAAUUGGGACACCGACCCCAAGGAACAAAGGAAUUACUGUACCGCGCGACCGGCAGACGGCAAAUUUAUUCAAGCCCAAUGCGAUGAGAGCUAUUUCGGCGUUUGCAAGCGGAAAUUGAAUCCCGUUGGUGAUGUCAGCAUCUGGGGCCUGCCCACCUCGCAGGGCGAUAUGACCGAGGAAAAUGAGUGUGAAGAUGGUUGGAUCUCAGCGCCUCAAUUUUCGCGUUGUUACAAGGUGAUUCUGGACAAAAUGACAUUUUACGCGGCCAUGCUGGCAUGUAGGGACGAGAACAGCUAUUUGAUUUCGCUCUCUGCCGACGGCGAUGAACAGGAGUAUUUUCUCAAAGCAACGACCGAACACGCACGCGCUAUCAUUGGGUGGAUGGACACGAGGGCGACAACGGUGCGCCUUUCAAUAAAGGCUACUACUGUCUUUCCCUUUCGCCAACCGGCAGCACUAUAUAUGAAGCGCAAUGCGACGACAUCAACUACCCAAUCUGCAAGCGAGAAA